AUGGCUCCUCGUAACAAGUUCUCUGAUGAUGAUUUGAAGAAGAAGAACUUUUUCGAAAAGAGGUUUCCAGGGUUCAAGAGGAAAGCGACAGAGCUCUCUGUUCUAUGCGGCAACUCUGUCGGUUUCAUCUGUUACGGCCCCAACAACGAUCUCCAAUUCAAUGCGUUAAGCGAUCACAAGAGAAAGAAUCACGCUUGCGAUCUUUACGACUUCGUCUCUGAUAUCAAGGGUUUGUCGGGUGAGGAUUUGAGGAGACAUAUCGAUAAGCUUAGCUCUCACCUAGUUGAAAUCAAGCAACUAAAGACAAGUAUGUUAAGAAGAGGCGACUCGAAGAAACCUAAGCCGAAGGAGACGGAAGAAGAUGAUGAUCAUAUUAGGGUUCCAGAAAACGCCACCAUUACAAAUUGUAACGUGGCUAUGAUGCCGGAAGAUCGUUUAGGAUUUGACGACUUGGGUCACGUCUUCCCUGGCUACCACGAAACGGAUUCCAGUUUGGGAUCUUAUCCUGCUUCCAAGUUUUCCUCGGAUGUCGGUGUUUCGGAUUCUUCUCUGUUCGAUCCUUUUUCGUUAGGGUUUUCAGGCGGCGAUUAUUUUCCGGUGUAUCCAAUGCCGGCCACAGAUUAUCUUGGGGUUUGUGCCAACGAUGGUGUUUGGGAUCCUUGUCGGAUGGAUUUGGAGUUUUCUUCACUAUUUCCUGGCUACGAUCCACUUCUGGGAGCCACUGAUUCUUUUCUGUCGAGCACUUACCAAACACCGGUGUUAGAAGAUAACUUAGGAUCCGUCUUCUAG